ACUUAUCAAUCAAAAAACGCAGAAGCCUUUGUCUUGCUCCAGAUUAUGCCGUCGUCCUUAGCACCGUCUCUCUGUUGACCUUCGUGAAGCCGUCAGUCUAUACUUCUCUGUCAAACUGUAAACCAUAGCGCCGCCGUCACUGUUCACCGUCGAUCUGUGGUGUUCCGUCAGCCUGCAAGGACAAUGAAAACAAGGAGACGAAAUUAUGGUAAAGACAGAAUCAGUAUUUUACCUGAUUGCCUUUUACUUCAAAUUUUGUCAAAUUUGGAAGUGAAUCAAGCGGUUGAAUUAUCCAUCCUCUCCACAAGAUGGAAGAAUCUCUGGAAACAUAUUUCCGUUCUUUCUUUGCAUUAUAGAAACUUUGAAUCUGUCGAAACUUUCGCUACUUUCGUUUCUCAAGUUUUCUCUUCUCGCAAUGUCAACACCUCUCUGCAAGCUCUCACUUUUGAGUGCCAACGCUAUUGUGACCCUGACCUGCUCGAAAGGAUCCUAAAAUACUUAUUUUCACACAAUAUCCAACGUUUAGAUAUGACAGUGACUUGUAGUCUUAAACACUUUCCACUCUGCACCAACUUUUCAUAUCAUACUUUAACCUCUCUUAAACUUACUUCAUGCCAAGAAUAUUACCGCCCGAGUUUUCUACCAGUAUUUCCAAAUUCCCUUCAAUUUCCUGCAUUAACCUAUUUGUCUUUAGGAUAUUUCACCUUUCGCUGCACUACUGAUGAUGGCUAUGCUGACCCCUUUUCGGUUUUUCAAAGUUUGAAUACUUUGAUUAUUCAUUAUUGUCAACUUUAUAAUGAAAAAACCAGUGCUGAAAACAACCUCUUCAUAUCCAGUGUCUCGCUUGUUCAUUUAACAAUAGCAUUGCAGGCCGAUUACAAGUGUUACAAAUUGAAGUUAUCUACCCCAAAUCUUUGUAGCUUUGAUUUUGUUGGUCAUCCUUUCCAAAAUCUAUGUGGACACAAUAACAUUAGCAAUACCAAUUUCUCUAACAUUAAACAUGUAAAGAUUGAGUUACCAAUCCUCAAAGUCACAUGUAGUCCUACAAUUCUAUUCAAUUGGCUUGUUGAGCUUGCCCUUAUGGAAUCAUUGACAAUCUCUUCAAAGACUCUUGAGACACUCAACUUAAUUCCUGAAUCAUGGAAGAUUGGUUUCUCUUAUUUACAUAACUUGAAGUUACUGAAAAUAGUAACGAUUGAACGUUUUUCUUUACCCGAUGGAAAAGAAGACUUUUUGCUUCAAAACGCACCGUCUGCAAAGAAAGUCAUUCUACCGGGACCUACCUUGAAGAGUAUAUUGAAGGAUUUAAUCAAUGAAGAACAGAUACUUAAAAAACGAUUUCGAUACCGACACUGUUAAUAGUUUAAAAAAAUGAAUAAAUUAAAUGUAAUAAGUGCUGGUGAAGGUGUCUAACUUAGACAUGGUCGGUGCUACAUUGGAUUUUAUGUCCAAGAGAUGAGAAUAAGCAUGGAUGCAUUGGUUUAUUUUCCAAGAGAUCGGACUAAAGCAAUGCUUACAAGAGAGAUCUUUCCAUAGGUAGAUAGCAUUAUUAAGACUUCCUAUAUAUAUUUUUCCCUUCAACUUAUUGAAUUAUUGUUUUUA